AUGUCCCUCCUUAGCAGCACCAUGGAUGCGCAAAUCAUCCAUGCGAUAAAUACUGCCUUCUUUGUCUUCGAGGAUGUUGGACAUAGUGUGUUGAAAGAUUUCUGGUGCGGAGCAUAUGCUGUAAGGAAGACGAUUGAAACAGAAGCAACCAAAGGGAAAACCAGCUUCCAAGAAGGGAGGCAAGAAAGCCUUAAAGAACCGGUAGCCAAGGGCGGCAAGAAGCGGCGAAAGUCGAGGAAGGAGAGUUAUGCCAUCUACGUCUACAAAGUGAUAAAGCAGGUUCACCCAGACACCGGCAUCUCCUCCAAGGCCAUGAGCAUCAUGAACUCGUUCGUGAGCGAUAUUUUCGAGCGCAUUGCGGGUGAGGCUUCCCGCCUGGCCCAUUACAACAAGCACAGCACCAUCAGCUCCCGGGAGAUCCAGACCGCUGUGCGCCUGUUGCUGCCCGGGGAACUGGCCAAGCACGCCAUGUCGGAAGGGACAAAGGCGGUGACCAAGUACACCAGCUCCAAGUAA